AUGGGAGAGACGUCGACGGCUCUGGCAAAAGGUGUUCAACAAGGGCGAUCGUUCCUGGAGGCUGCAAAACAACCUGUGGGUGGGGAUAUUCAGGCGACGCCGCCGCUUCAACUGAGGAGACCGAAAUUGAUUGACGGAGAACUGGGUUUCAUCUUCACUGAUGCAAAGGUAAAACGAUUGGCAGAGGAUUUCAGAUUUGCCUUAGUUCUUAAAUUUUUAUCCUCUCGCCCCAACAUUGAUCUGGUUCGAGCGGCCAUUACUAAAACUUGGGGAUUGCGGGAGGUUCCAGUGGUUAGUUACAUGGAUGCUUCACACGUUUUGGUUAAAAUGAAUAAUGAGGGAGAUUUCUUGCAUGCCUGGGCUAGAGAAGGGAGAUUUGUGGCUGGUGCUUCAUUUAGAUUGUUCAAGUGGACUCCAGAUUUUGAUCUUCACAGGGAAUCAUCAUUGGCUCCUCAAUGGCUUUUUUUACCUGGACUUCCAUUGCACCUUUACCGACAGGAUUGUCUUCGUAUCCUAGCAUCGCGAUUUGGCCGAUACUUGGGUACAGAUCAUGCUACCUUAAACCGCACACGGGCCUCUGGUGCCCGUAUAUGUGUUGAAAUUGAUUUAUUGGCUGAUGUGGUAGAAUGUUUUCCGAUCACAGUGGGUUCGACAACUCUUUGGCAGUGUGUUCAAUAUGAAAAACUUGGUUUCUAUUGUAAAAAGUGCAGGAGGCAGGGUCACACAGAGGCUGUUUGUAGAGUGGGUCAACAAUUUCAUGAGAAGCAGAAAAUGAAGAAAGUCGUUACUAUUGGCCUGGAAAAGCAAGAGUGGAGACAAAAAAAAGGGAACGUGGGUAAUGAUGUGGGAAUAGGAAAACGAUAUGUGCAUGACGGUGGAGACAUACCUAAGUUGGAUGCUAGUGGUUUUGGAGGUUCAACCCACGGGCAAAGAAGUGAUAAUAUAGAGAAGGUUGGUGAAAGUAGUAAAGGAAUAAGUUUGUUUGUGGGUAACGAUAAGGAGACAAGGGAUGUCACGCAGACUGAAUUGGGGAGAGAUAAUAAUAUGGAUGAGGAUGGAACUGUAGCCUCGAAAAAUAGUGGGAUGGAAAUUGCUAAACUUGGAGGAGACAUUCACAUGAAACCUUUAGGUGGGGAUUAUUUGGUGGAUGGGAAGCAAACAAGGGAAGAAGGAGAAAUUGAGGACAUGGAGACAAUUUUAAAUGGAGAUAUGGUGGUCACGACCAAGGGCAACGAACAAAUAAAUGAAAUGACCAUGCACAUAAUGGUAAGGACAGAAGAUGAUCAAGGUGUCAAAGACAGUGUUGAGGAAUCACAAGAGGAUUCUAGGGAUCAUGGUAGUGCAAAUGAGGCUCUGACAAUGUCAGAUAAAGAGGUGGAAGGAAUGGUGGAGGAAUUGGGAAUUAUUCGUGAUUGUAUUUCAGAUUCUGAACAAAUGGCUAAAGAGCACCCAAGGAAAACAGUUCAUAAGGUCAGAAGCUCUUCUAUGGUUCCAAGCAGACCCUCUAGACUUAAUCUAUGA